AUGGCAGAAGGUGCAGUGCUGUAUCUACUUAGCAAGCUCGAAAGCUUUGUCGAGAUUGUGGUGCAACAACAAAGAGAGGGUCAUGAAGAGUGGAUGUCUCUGAUAAGAGAAUUUGAGCGCAUCAAGGCCUUCCUAAAAGCUGCGGAUUCCAUGGAAGAGUGCAAUGAAGAAGUCAAAGUGUGGGUUAAGCAAGUACGAGAAAUUGCAUAUGAAGCUGAGGAUCUUCUUGAUGAAUAUACACAACUCUCAGCGCAGGAUCAUCAAACCGAGGGCUUUCUACGAAUGAUUCAAACCAGUGUCAGAAACAGGAAAGCUCGACACCGACUGAUUUCGGCUAUGAAAAGCAUCAGCCCCAGAAUCAAAAGUAUCUGUGAAGGACAGCAGAGACUGUUUGAUGGUUUCGGCACAACUGAGAGAGGUUCAAGCUCAACCUCUUCUUAUGAAGACAACAAAUGGCAAGAUCAUCGAGGAGAUGCACUUCUGGUAGAAAAAUCCGAUCUGGUGGGCAUCGGAGAGCCCAAAAAGGAGCUUGUCGAAUGGUUGGUCCAGGGUGCUUCACAAUGCCAAGUAAUUUCGGUGGUUGGCAUGGGAGGUCUGGGGAAGACGACCCUAGUAAAGCAAGUUUAUGAUGACCCAGCAGUGAAGAAACGAUUCACAGUACGUGCUUGGGUCACUCUUUCUCCUUCAUCAAGGACGGACGAGCUGCUUUCAGACAUGCUUCGACAGGUUGCCAGUAGCAUCACGAAGACGCUUCCAUCUGGAGCAGAAACUUCCAAAAGUAGUUGCGUUAGAAUGAUGAUCAAAGACUUCCUCCGGGAAAGGAGGUUGAAAUACCUAAUCGUUCUAGACGAUGUAUGGGAUAUGAACAAAUGGGAUGCAGUCUAG